CCAUAAUUAUUCCUUCCUUCAGACUCUUGGGAAUAAACAGGAGCGGAGCGUCAGAGCACUCUGUCUACAUGUCUUUAAUUUCACCAACAACUCGUCUCAACCAUUCACUGAAUGCAGACUAACAGGGAUGCCAAAGGAAAAAUAUGAUCCCCCAGAUCCUCGGAGAUUAUAUACCAUCAUGUCCACUGAGGAGGCUGCCAAUGGAAAGAAGUCACACUGGGCAGAAUUAGAAAUCUCUGGUAGGGUGAGAAGCUUGAGCACCUCAUUAUGGACGCUGACACACUUAACUGCACUACAUAUUAAUGACAACAACCUGAGUCGCAUUCCACCGGACAUUGCCAAGCUCCAACACCUGGUUUACCUCAACUUGUCAUCCAAUAAACUCCGCAGCUUGCCAGCAGAACUUGGAAACAUGGUGUCACUCAGGGAAUUGCUUUUAAAUAAUAAUCUCUUACGGGUUUUGCCUUAUGAACUUGGGCGGCUGUUCCAGCUACAGACCCUGGGUUUAAAAGGCAAUCCGCUGUCACAGGAUAUUCUGAACCUAUACCAGGAACCUGACGGAACAAGAAAGCUGCUGAAUUAUAUGCUUGAUAAUCUGGCAGUCCACCCAGAGCAGCUUCCGCAGAGGCCAUGGAUCACGUUGAAAGAACGAGACCAAAUGCACCCUACAGCCCUGUUUACAAUCAUGUGUUUCAAUGUACUUUGUGACAAGUAUGCCACAAGGCAGCUCUACGGCUACUGCCCAUCUUGGGCGUUAAACUGGGAGUACAGAAAAAAGGGAAUUAUGGAAGAGAUUGUCAGCUGUGAUGCAGAUAUUGUUAGUCUUCAGGAAGUUGAAACCGAGCAAUACUACACCCUUUUUCUUCAAGCGUUAAAGGAGCGUGGGUAUGAUGGGUUCUUUUGUCCAAAGUCUCGUGCCAAAUUAGUGUCAGAGCAAGAAAGGAAACACGUGGAUGGAUGUGCAAUAUUUUUCAAAACUGAGAAAUUUACGCUUGUGCAAAAGAACACAGUGGAAUUCAACCAGGUUGCCAUGGCAAACUCCGAAGGCUCAGAAGUUAUGUUGAAUCGAGUAAUGACGAAAGACAACAUUGGCGUAGCAGUAUUGUUAGAGGUCAACAGUGACAUCUUUGUAGGAGGUAUGAAGCCGCUUCAUAGUAUUGAGAAACAACUGCUUCUAGUGGCCAACGCACACAUGCACUGGGACCCUGAGUACUCCGACGUGAAGCUGAUCCAGACUAUGAUGUUUACCUCUGAGUUGAAGAACAUUGUUGAAAAGGCCUCCAGCUCUGGGAAGCCAGGCUCUCCAGCUUCUGAUCCCAGCUCCAUCCCAAUCGUGCUGUGUGCGGAUCUGAACUCACUGCCAGAUUCAGGUGUUGUUGAAUAUUUAAGCAAUGGAGGAGUAGCAGAAAAUCACAAGGACUUUAAGGAACUGCGAUACAACGAGUGUCUCAUGAACUUCAGUUGCAAUGGGAAAAAUGGGACCUCUGACAGCAGAAUCACUCACAGCUUUCACCUGAAGAGCGCCUAUGAUAACAACAUAAUGCCUUACACCAAUUACACCUAUGACUUUAAGGGUGUUAUUGACUACAUUUUCUAUUCCAAGACUCACAUGAGUGUGUUAGGGGUUCUGGGACCUCUGGAUCCUCAGUGGCUGAUUGAAAACAGCAUCACCGGCUGCCCACACCCCCACAUCCCCUCCGACCACUUCUCCCUGCUGACUCAGCUUGAGCUCCACCCCCCUACCCCGUCCCUCAUUAACGGGGUCCACUUGCCUGUCCGAAGGCAGUAGAGCCCCUCACAUGAGUACUAGGGCCUCUUCCUAUGGACUUGUACAAUUGUAAAGAAGAAAAAAAAAAGGAAGUAGGAGUGAAGUAUGGCUCACAUACUGAUCCUUUCCUAGGCUGCUCCUUUGUAUGGUUUGAACAUAAUUUAGUUGUUUCUUCUACACUUUAUACCAAAAAGGGCUGGGAUUACAACAGUAUUAUUUUAUCUUAAUUGUUUGAUGCACGCAGCUUUAAAGAAAAAAAAAAAAGUUGGGAGAAAUGACCACUGAGCAAAACUGAAACUCCACCAAUACGUAUGCUUUGCAACUGAUAUUUUUUUUUUGUUUUUUGUUUUUUUCAUAUAUAAUGUAGAUCUUCAAUUUCAAAUACCACAACAAAGUUGUCUUCAAAACUACCAUAUGUUUUUCAGUAAAUGCCAAAAGAUCUGCCAAAUGUAUGCUUUUCCCAGCCCUGCACACAAACUAGUGCUGCUUACUACUCUGCAUUUCAUUUCUUUUUUUUAUG